AUGUCUCAACAGCAGCAUAAUUAUUUUCUUCGCGUCCCGGCCGAGAUCCGCCUCAACAUCUAUAGCUACCUACUUGAUGAUGGUGGAAGUCAGUGGCUCUCUGUUCGUAAUCGUCCAGACACAAGAAACAGGCAGUCGGAAGUCGAAGUAGGAAAUCAAUGCCCUGCCGUACCAAGACAAUCCACAAAAUACCAUGUGAUAGAGCGGACGUCUAUGUUCAGCCGGCGCUGUUUCGAAACGACCUAUCAUCUCGCUAGCAAAGAGGCCGAAUUUCACACAGCAAUACUAGGUGUUUGUCGCCUUAUAUACAACGAGACCUCUCAAAUACUCUACGGUAAACACUGGUUUGAGUUCGGGUCUCACAUUGAGGCUAUAGUGCCUUUCCUUCAGGACCGUUUACCCUACACGCGACCCCUUGUUACUGGAAUUUCCUUGUACAAGCGCGGCCCGCUUCCAUGCAUGGAUUUCAACAGUGACAGACAUGAAUGGUCAUACUUAUGUCGCUAUUUGGGCCAGACAAGGUGCAUGAAGAAGCUAAGGCUCGUCAUCGAAGGUGGCAGUCCGAGUGGGCCGUGGGAAGGCGUGCAGGAGCUCAGCGAGGCCGACAUCAGACUACUUAGUCUUAUUCAGCACGAAAGCCUACAGUGGAUCACUGAAUUGUCACAGGUCAAAGGUAUAGAGGAGCUUGAUGUGGUUUCAGAAAUGAAAUACUUGCCGGUACCCAAGUCGCCGGGUAUGGUUCUAUAUGCCGCUAUUUCUGCCUCCAUAGAAAAGGGUCUGGCGGACUUCUUCCGCUCGGAGAUGAACAUUGCUGGGUGA